AUGGUCGUGUUAGUUGUGAGGGUCGUGCUGGUUGUUGUGGUCUUGUUGGUUGUGGAGCAUGCGAGGGUUCUAGUGGUUGUAUUGGUUGCGUUUAUUGUGGAGGUUGUGCUGGUUGUGCUGGUUGCGCUGGUUUUUGUGUUUGUGUUGGUUGUGGACGUGGUGUUAGUUGUGUGGGUAAUUAUGCUGGUUAUGGUCGUUGUGCUGGUUUUACUGAGGAUUGAAAGUAAGUAAGUAAGUAAGUAAGUAAAGCCUUUAUUUAAAGAGGGUAGCACCUAAUAGCCAAAGGCUAAUAAACUUGUGGCCCUCAUAAAGUACACAACUAUUUACAAUCUAAUAAAUAUUGUAAGCUAAAAUAAAUAAACAUUUAAAAUAAAACAAGAUUCGAUUAUUAUAAAAAAAAAAUGAUGAUUACGUUAAUUACGAGGGUUGUGUUCGGUGUGGUGGGUGGAAGGAACGAAGAGUAA